AUGCCACAGUAUUACCAAUGCCGUAUCACGCAGCGAUACCACACCAUACUUCCAAUACCACAGGAACUGACGCGGAAGCCUCACUUGGCAGCCACCCCAAGAGACGACGUGUUGGCCAGGAUGAUUCGAGACAGAUUCGUGGCUUCGGGAUUCGAUACCGCAGAUCUGGUACCCUACGAUCUCCUCCUGUCGCGUCCUAAUCACACGAAUCCUAAUUUGAUCACCCUGACGAACGGCGCCGGGGAGGAAGUGUUCAGAAGUGCCUUUAAGGAAAUCCCGCUUCAUGAGGACGAUGAGGAUCCGGAGUUUGUUCAUUCGUUCAACGCCUACACGCCAGCAGGACUCAACCCUGACCCCGGAGUGGGCGUGGUCUACGCUAACUAUGGGCGUGUCGAAGACUUUGACGAAUUGGAUAGACUUGGCGUUAAUGUCACGGGCCGGAUUGUCAUGGCUCGCUAUGGGAAAAUCUUCAGAGGAAACAAGAUCCAACACGCUCAAGACCGCAAUGCCGUGGGCGUUAUCCUCUUCUCAGACCCCCUGGACGUGGCUCUCGAAGGAGUCACAGAAGAGGCCGUGUACCCCAACAAGGGCUGGCUUCCGGGCACAGGCAUGCAGCGGGGUACAACCUUCAUGGGCGACGGGGACCCCCUGACCCCUGGCUGGCCGUCGACAGAACAUGCUUAUCGCGUUGAUAAGGAGGAAGCCGGUCUGGCUCAAAUUCCCUGCCAGCCUAUUGGUUACAACGACGCCAAAGUGAUCUUAGAAAAGCUCCGAGGCGACCAGCAGACGCCCGAGAGCUGGGUCGGAGGAUUGGAGGGCGUCGAGUACAACCUCGGACCGUACUUCAAGGCCGACUUCAGCGACUACAGACUCCGCCUCCAGACUCACAACUACGAACUGAGGGCCAGGUCGUACAACGUCAUCGGCACGAUCAAGGGCGAGGUUGAGCCAGACCGGUACGUGUUCAUCGGCAACCACCGCGACGCCUGGGGCUACGGUGGCUCCGAUCCCUCCAGCGGGACGGCGCAGAUGCUGGAGACGGCACGAGUGUUGGGGGAACUGAUGAAGGAUGGUUGGAGGCCAAGGCGAAGCAUCGUCUUCUGCAGUUGGGGCGCGGAGGAAUACGGGCUUAUCGGCUCUACAGAGUGGGUCGAAGUACGUGCCUAUUUAUUCUUGUUUUUUUCCUUCAUAUUGAGAAAUAAGAUCGGGGGUUUAACUAUGUUCCACGUGAACACCGACACGUGCGCCUCUGGCCCCAUCCUCCACGCCCCCGGCAGUCCCCUCCUGUGGGACCCCAUCGUCAAGAUCGCCAAGAUGGUACCAGGAGUGCGAAACGGAGAAACAGUUUAUGAAGAGUGGGAAGAAUACGAAAAGCUGCGGAACCAUUCAACCCCAGAGAUGCGAACCCUCGGCUCAGGCAGCGACUACGCUCACUUCUCCUUCUACUGUGGGAUUCCUUGCCUUGAUAUUUGGUUCAGGAGAGACAAGAACAAAUACGACAUCUCCAUCUACCCCGCCUACCACACGGGCUACGACACCUUCUACAACAUCGACCACAACAUCGACCCGGGCUUCAGGAUCCACCAGGGAUGCAGCAGGAUAGCCUCCCUCACCCUCCGCUACUUCGCUGACUCGGCCAUCAUCCCCUACAGCCUCGAGAAGCUCCCGACGGCCAUCAAGAACGCGUUUGAGAAGGUCAAGGAGAAGGGGAACGGAGAGAAGCUGAUGGCCAUCUAUGAUAAGUUCCCUCUCCUUGGGGAAGCGAUUGAUAACUUCACUAUGACUACUUCCGGUUUUGUCGCCAAGAUAAACCAGAUGAAGGAAGAUAUAGACCCCGUGACACUUCGUUCCCUCAACGACCAAAUUAUGAAGCUUGAACAAAUAUUUAUCAUGCCUGCGGGUCUGCCAGGCCGCCCGACUGUCAGACACGCUAUUUUCGCCCCAAGUCAGUUCGAUAACUACGCCACGGCCGGUUUCCCUGGGAUUUCCGACCUCCUGUACGGCUACGACAGCUUGGGAACGGAGGAGAUGACGGCGAGGCAGAAGGAGAUCAGAAGACACAUCUCCGACCUCACUAUCCUGGUGCAGAGAGCCUCCAGCCUCCUGGAAGACUUCCACAGUAUUUAGCGUGCGAAAGAAAACAUGGUGAAUGGGUAGAUUGAGAAGGGGGGAGGGGGGAAGGGGU